GACUUAGCCUGGGCAAGCAUGCGCAGUAGCUCAAAGUGGUGCGGGUUGUGUGAGGUGAAGCUCUCCCCAGGUUUUUUUCCUCCCUUUCCGCUUGAGAACUACAACUCCCAAGAGGCCUCUGGGCUGCACCGCGUCUCCUUUUCUCCCCCUCCCUCUCCCCUCCUCCGCCUCCCGGGCCCUUAACCCUUCUCCCCCUCCUUCCUAUUCUCCUCCCUUCUUCCCCCGCGUGUCUCCUCCCAUCUCUUUCGCUGUGUGUCACUGACCCAGAGGCAGGGUGAGGCGGAGGGGGGACCGUGGGGGGGCGCCGCCGCCGCUGCGCUCGCUGCUCGGGUUCGCGGUGCGUGCGUUCUCUUCCCCCGCCGGAAUCGCCCCCACGCCAGGGGGCUCCGGAGCCUCCCCAUUUCUUUUUCUCUCCCUACUGUCUUUCUCUCUCUGCCUCCUGGUUCCGUCGCUCAGUUCCGGGGCCAACUUCUCCUCCACUGUCGGCGCUCGCCGGGCUCGAGAGAAGCCCGCGGCGGCGGCGGCUCGAAGGACUGGGGCUUCCGUCUAGCCUCUCGCUUCAGCCACCCCCCAAGCUCCUUUUUCUCUCAGUGUCGGUGGAGGGGCUGUGAGGGAUCCGAAUCAUCCGCCAGAGAUCGCCCGAUGCUGAAACUGAGGCUUAGGGAGGAUAAAUGACUUGACCAAGAAUACACAGGAAAUAAUGCAAAAGGUGUCUCAAGGCUCCUGACCAGUGGACAAGUAUUUGAGACAAAAAACCAAGCUCAUGUUUUCUCCUGAUCAAGAAAAUCAUCCAUCUAAAUCACCAGUAAAAUAUGGUGAACUCAUUGUCUUAGGAUAUAAUGGGUCACUCCCAAAUGGUGAUAGAGGAAGGAGAAAAAGUAGGUUUGCUUUGUUUAAAAGACCUAAGGCAAAUGGGGUGAAGCCCAGCACUGUGCAUAUUGCCUGCACUCCUCAAGCAGCAAAGGCAAUAAGCAAUAAGGACCAACAUAGUAUAUCAUAUACCUUGUCUCGAGCUCAGACAGUGGUGGUUGAAUAUACUCAUGACAGCAACACUGAUAUGUUCCAGAUUGGACGAUCUACUGAAAGCCCCAUUGAUUUUGUGGUAACUGAUACAGUUCCUGGAAGUCAAAGCAAUUCUGAUACACAGUCAGUGCAAAGUACUAUCUCAAGAUUUGCAUGUAGAAUCAUAUGUGAACGGAAUCCCCCCUUCACAGCCAGGAUAUAUGCUGCAGGAUUUGACUCUUCAAAAAACAUCUUCCUUGGGGAAAAGGCUGCCAAGUGGAAGACCACAGAUGGGCAGAUGGAUGGCUUGACCACAAAUGGAGUUCUUGUUAUGCAUCCACGCAAUGGUUUUACUGAAGAUUCUAAGCCAGGUGUGUGGAGAGAGAUAUCAGUAUGUGGAAAUGUAUUCAGCCUGCGUGAAACCAGAUCAGCUCAGCAAAGAGGAAAGAUGGUGGAAAUCGAAACCAACCAGUUACAGGACGGCUCCCUCAUUGACCUGUGUGGUGCCACUUUGCUUUGGCGGACAGCAGAAGGCCUUUCACACACUCCAACAGUAAAGCACCUGGAAGCUUUAAGACAGGAAAUCAAUGCAGCAAGGCCACAGUGCCCUGUUGGGUUCAACACACUUGCUUUUCCUAGUAUGAAAAGGAAAGAUGUGGUCGAUGAAAAACAGCCCUGGGUGUAUCUGAACUGUGGACAUGUUCAUGGGUAUCACAACUGGGGAAACAAAGAAGAGAGAGAUGGGAAGGACCGUGAAUGUCCCAUGUGUAGAUCGGUUGGCCCCUACGUCCCCCUCUGGCUUGGCUGUGAAGCUGGAUUUUAUGUGGAUGCAGGUCCUCCAACUCACGCGUUCAGCCCUUGUGGGCAUGUGUGUUCAGAGAAAACAACUGCCUAUUGGUCCCAGAUCCCACUUCCUCAUGGCACUCACACUUUCCAUGCGGCCUGCCCCUUUUGUGCACACCAGCUGGCCGGUGAGCAGGGCUACAUCAGACUCAUAUUCCAAGGACCUCUAGACUAAUAAACACAGGCAUUAGGGUGGCACUAAAUUUAUAAGCUAAGCAAUGCAGGUUUUUCCCACCAAUUGUCUACAAAUUUCUCUGCUUUGAUCAUUUACAUUAAGAUGAAGACUUUUUUUUUUUUAAUUUUUGUAUUUGUAACAAAAAUUCCUGAGCAAAGUCUGUAAAAGUCAAGCAAAGGAAUCUGGUGCAAUUCCAGACUUCCACAUUCUGUGUCUGAGUAUAUAUUUUGAAGAAAGAAUUACAGUCUAAUUCAAUGCCUUCAUUUCUGUGUUGUUUGAAUCACUCAUCCUCGGUGUCUGAGAUGUUUUGUAUAACUGAGGUACUGUUGAUUCAAACUAUGUUAGUUUACAGUUUGGAUGCAAACAUUGUAAAAUACAACAACAUGUACAAUAACUUUCCUUUUCUAUUUAUCUUCGUUAUAGAAAAUAUCUGAGAGUGUAUUUGCUAGAGUAGCACAGUAGGAGCAAUGUAACAUCCCUGGCAUGGAUGCUUUGAGUUGCUAGCCAAGGGCAGGGAUUUGCAAGGUUAGGAAGAAUAUUAUGAAAGAAUCUUUUCUUUCUUUUUUUUUAAAUCAAAAAUAAUGUUAAAUUUGGUAGAUUUAGAAGAAUGCUUUGUAAAAAAUUCAAGCAAAUUACAUUGUGUAAGAUUUGUUUGUUUUUAACCACAUUAAAGGUAAUCAGGAAGAAUUUUCUUAAAAUGUUUCUUUAGUGUGUAGUACUAUAAUAAAAGAACUUAUCACUAAGAAACAUUUUAUAUGUUCCCUUGAAUAUGCAACUUAAUCUAGAUUAUAUAUUUUUCUCCCACGAUAACUAAUCUGUUUUUAGUAUUAGCAGCAUUCGGCAGGUUUAUUUAUUUUUUUAGGCACAAACUGUGGUUCAUCCGUUCACUGGAAAAAUCAUUUAUAAUUAGAGACUGCAUAAAUUAACAAGAAAGACGAGUGACUUGACUUAGGAAAGAGAUUCUUAAAUUAGAUGUUCUUCAUUUGGCCUUAUCUACAGAUUUGGGUAUAUAAAGAUACAGACAUAAAAGUACAGUGAACUGAGUGGCAAAACAUGUUUGCCUUUCAAUGCAAAAGACCAGUACAUACUUAUGGAUUUAGUUUCUCAGAAUAGUUGAUUUACGUUAGAAAUUUCAGUGAAAAUGCGUUCAAUUCCAAAUAUCCCCACAAAGCACUUGGCUACUUCAACAGGUGAUAGUGAGCUUUAGUGACAGCAGCACUGACGGAGACUGUACACAAAGUCUGUUAAUGAGACAAAACACCCUUUAAAACUUUGCUUUUGGAAGCAUGAAAAAUACCCACCUUUUUUCAUGCACUUCCUGGCAGUAAUAGGUAUACUACAUCAAAAGGGGGGCUUGUGACACAUUUGUAAAUCAGUGUACCUUGGGAUAAGGUUGAGGUUUUUCCAUUUAUGAUGUUUUUAUUUUCCUUUUUUUUUUAAGGAAAAGUAUAUAAUAAAAAUUGACAAUAGCAAAUUCCUGAACUUUAUAGCAUAGCUUUGAUUUUCUUGGUAAAACAAAAUAAAACAAAACAAAAGAAUCUUCUGUUUAGAAGCCAUGGACUGUUUUACUUCAACUGUCCGAUUUUCCUUGGGUUUUUUGUUUGUUUGUUUUUUAACAAAAAACAAUUGUUUGGAUUCACUCAGGAAAUGCAUGUCAGGAAACCUGUAUUAUAUGUGUAAGCAACUGCUGUUAAACCCUUUUCAUAGAAAUAUAAUUGAUUUUGAAAUUUUCUAGAUUGUUCACAUGUAUUGUGACUGAUGCAACAAAAUAUCAACUCCCAUAUUGUGUUUGUUUUAAUCAUUUCUGUUUGGGUAUACCAUAGCUAAUUUUUUUUUUUUGCAAUUUAAUUUAUUCAUGCUGUAAGUAAAUACUUUUCAAAAUAGAA